GUCGAUAAAUUUAAACAUGUAAUACGCGCAAAGCAAAAGUGAAACAGAAUUUCCAGUUACUUAUUCGAUAUUGAAUAAGGAACGAGGAACGAGGAAUAAGUAACCAACUUCACAGAGCCGCGACAGAGAAUUAUUUAUGUACGACUGGUAUUUGUUGACCCCUCCGCAUGACGAGUUAACCACGCCCCCCGUCACACGCGAUGCAAGGUGAUGGGUAACGAUCUCGAUGGAAAUAGAAUGGCAGCAAACUGCGAUAGUAUGCAACAUUGAACCGAGUCCAGUGGAACUACAGGUAUUAUGGAUAGACCUUCAAAGACAAAGGGGACACCAGCUCAGGUACCAGAGGAACGGCAAAGGAGAGAUCCCUGUGCGGAAGAAGUACAAAACAACCAACCGAUGUCGGCGACGCAGAGCCAGCCAAACUCAUCAGUACAGCCCCAAGCAGGGCCACAGUUACCAGUUCAGCCCCAAGCAGGGCUACACUCACCAGUACAGCCCCAAACAGGACCACAGUCACCAGUACAGUUCCAAGCAGGGCCACAGUCACCAGUACAUCUCCAAGCAGGGCCACAGUUACCAGUGCAGCCCCAAGCUGGACCACAGUCACCAGUACAGCCACCAACAGGACCACAGUCACCAGUACAGCUCCAAGCCGGACCACAGUCACCAGUAUGGCCCCAAACCAGACCACAGUCACCAGUACAGCCCCAAACUGGGCCACAGUCACCAGUACAGCCCCAAGCAUGGCCACAGUUACCAAUACAGCGCCAAUCAGGGCCACAGUCACCAGUACAGCUCCAAGGAAGGCUUCAGUCACCAGUACAGCCUAAGGCAGGACCACAGUCACCAGUACAACCCCAGGCAGGGUCACAGUCACCAGUACAGCCCCAAACUGGACUACUGUCACCAGUACAGCCCCAGUCAAUAGUUGUGGACCUUGAGAAGAACCAACAGCCAUCUUCAGGUGAAAGACUUUCUAAUCAUACUCAUCAUAUACCUAUCACAGGUUAUGUUCAGGGCAUAUGGCAUCACGGGAACAAGGGGCCAAAAAAUAUAUCCAAAUCGGAGUUUCAGGGGGUCUAACUUAAUUAUUGAUAGAGCUUAGCUGAAUGUGGGUGCUGUCGGGUUUCUUUCUGUAGUGUGUGUAUUAGUGAUUAAUAUGUGGAUUUUUUAAAAUCAAUUAACUCGAAAGUUAUCGAUGUAAAAGUAUUUA